UGUUGUGUUGGCACAUAAGAGACACUGUGUGUCCUUUCUUUCAGGUAACUAUCAGUAAAAUGAGUAUGGUGGGGGGGAUAGAUAGGUAUAAUAUGUAAGGCAAGAUGAUAUGUACAUUGAGAUAGAUCUCAUCUCUCCUGCUUCUAGGACUUGAUUGAAUCCUAUCUAGCAUGCUCUUCCUUCCAGUCUGCCUAGUGUAAAUUAUAUUUCAUUAAAUCAGCCCAUCAUCAGAACAGUGUUUCUUGAUGCCUCUCAUUUUUUUCUCAUGUUUUCUGGCAUUUUUCCUUCAUUACUUUUUUUUAGUUCAUAAUUCAAUAUUUAUAUGAUUGAUGUAUAAUAGACAAAAACACAUCUGCUUUGCUUUCGAGUAUCUAACAGUGUCUGCCUCAUAAAAGGCACUCAGUAAGUACUUGUUGAAUGAAUAAGUGGUUGAUUGAAUGCAUGAAUGAAUGAAGUGAUAUUUGAAUUAGCUUUAAAGGUGAUUGGAAUUUUGGACAGGUGGAGCAAAUGAACGGGAAAUUUAUUGUUCUGAAGUGGAAACUGUGGAUCAUAUUGCUCAUGUAAUUUCAGAAAACUGGAGAAACUGGUUUGGGAAAAUGGAAGAGUUGGUUUUAUAUCUAGUAUGCUAAAUUUGAGGUAUGGAAAUUUAGCAGGCAUUUAGAAAUGAAGCACUGAUCUGAAGGGUGAGAUUGAUUCCAGAUAUUCACUUUUGGGAGUUACCUGACUAGAGAAUGUGAAAUCUGUUCCUUUCACAAAUACCUGGUAAGCUCCUACUGUGUGCCAGACAGCUAUGUUACAGGGAAGGUGAACUGCAGUCUGAGAAGGAGCCAGUCUUGUGAAAAGAGCUAGAGAAAAUGUUUCAGUCAGAGAAGGAACCCAAGUUUGUAGGCCCUGGAGCAAUAAAUAAUUUAUAAUUUUUGAGGAAUUGAAGGAAGGUGACCGAAGGACAGAGCGAGGUGAGUGAAGUGGGAGAGCUGCAUGAGGUAAAGUGGGAGAGGCAGGCAGAGCCCACAUCACAUGGGGACUUUGUGGGCUAGAUAGUGAGUCUAGCCUUCACUCAAAAGUGUGGUGGGGCUGGGCAUAGUGGCUCACACCUGUAAUCCUAGCACUUGGGAGGCUGAGGCAGGUGGAUCACCUGAAGUCAGGAGUUCGAGACCAGCCUGGCCAACGUGGUGAAACCCCAUCUCUACUAAAAGUACGAAAAAUUUUAGCCAGGCAUGGUGGCUCAUGCCUGUGAUCCCUGCUACUCGGGAGGCUGAGGCAGGAGAAUUGUUGGAACCCAGGAGGUGGAUGUUGCAGUGAGCUGAGGUUGUACCACUGUACUCCAGCCUGGGUGACAAGAGUGAAAACUCUGUCUCAAAAAAAAAGAAAAAGGAAAAAAAAAAAAAGGGUGGUGGGACACCAUUGAAGGCUUAAAACAGAAAGUGACAAGCAGAGAUUCUUUUUCUAAAUAAAAGUUUACCCUGGCUACUCUGUAGAGAAUAGAGAGUCACAAAGAAGGGACCAGUAAGGAAGUGUUUGUCUCCCUUCUUGAGAAGGAUCAUGGCAGAUAGGGCAGGGUAUGGCAGUGGACAUAGAACGGGAUAGUUGCAGAAUGCGUUUAAAAAGUAGAACCAGGCUGGGCCUGGUGGCUCAUGCCUGUAAUCCCAGCACUUUGGGAGGCUGAAGUGGGCAGAUCACCUGAGGUCAGGAGUUCGAGACCAGCCUGACCAACAUGGAGAAAUCUCGUCUCUACUAAAAAUACAAAAUCAGCCAUGCGUGGUGGUACAUGCCUGUAAUCCCAGCUACUCAGAAGGCUGAGGCAGGAGAAUCAUUUGAACCCAGGAGGCGGAAGUUGUGGUGAGCCGAGAUCAUGCCACUGCAUUCCAGCCUGGGCGACAGAGCAAAACUUUGUCUCAAAAAAAAAAAAAAAAAAAAAAAAAAAAAGUGGAAGUAAAAUUCACUAGAGAAGGAAAGGAAGAAGGAAGAGUAAGGAGUACAGAACCCUAGGGCCUAUGUAGGGGGCAAAAGAAGGAACCAGGGAAGGAAAAUAAGGGAGCAAGAGUGGUCAUUGAUGUCAAAGAUUUUAUCAUGUGGGCAACCUGCUGCAACUGGUUCUGCCUGGAUGGACAGCCUGAGGAGGUCCCACCACCCCAGGGAGCCAGGAUGCAGGCCUAUUCCAACCCUGGGUACAGCUCCUUCCCUUCCCCAACAGGCUUGGAACCAAGCUGCAAGUCCUGUGGGGCUCACUUUGCAAACACGGCCAGGAAGCAGACCUGCUUGGACUGUAAGAAAAAUUUCUGCAUGACCUGUUCGAGCCAAGUGGGGAAUGGGCCCCGCCUCUGCCUUCUCUGCCAACGGUUUCGAGCUACAGCCUUUCAGCGAGAGGAGCUCAUGAAGAUGAAGGUGAAGGACUUGAGGGACUAUCUCAGCCUUCAUGACAUCUCUACCGAAAUGUGCCGGGAGAAAGAAGAGCUGGUGCUCUUGGUCCUUGGCCAGCAGCCUAUAAUCUCCCAGGAGGACAGGACUUGUGCCUCCACCUUGUCCCCAGACUUUCCUGAGCAGCAGGCCUUCCUGACCCAGCCUCACUCCAGCAUGGUUCCACCUACCUCACCCAACCUCCCCUCUUCAUCUGCACAAGCCACCUCUGUUCCCCCAGCCCAGGUUCAGGAGAAUCAGCAGGCCAAUGGCCAUGUGUCUCAGGAUCAAGAGGAACCCGUCUACCUGGAGAGCGUGGCCAGAGCACCUGCUGAGGAUGAGACCCAGUCUAUUGACUCAGAGGACAGCUUUGUUCCAGGCCGAAGGGCCUCUCUGUCUGACCUGACCGACCUGGAGGACAUUGAAGGCCUGACAGUGCGGCAGCUGAAAGAGAUCUUGGCUCGCAACUUUGUCAACUACAAGGGCUGCUGUGAGAAGUGGGAGCUGAUGGAGAGAGUGACCCGGCUAUACAAGGAUCAGAAAGGACUCCAGCACCUGGUCAGUGGUGCCGAAGACCAAAACGGGGGAGCAGUACCAUCAGGCUUGGAGGAGAACCUGUGUAAGAUCUGCAUGGACUCACCCAUUGACUGUGUUCUUCUGGAGUGUGGCCACAUGGUAACCUGUACCAAGUGUGGCAAGCGCAUGAAUGAAUGUCCCAUCUGCCGGCAGUAUGUAAUCCGAGCUGUGCAUGUCUUCCGGUCCUGAGAGCUUGCAUCGGUUUCUUCAGUGCCUUACAGGGAAAUAGCCUGGGGUGUCUGGGCUCAGGGUUGGCUAGCUUGCAGAGGAGCAAGCUAGUAGAAAUAUUGCAGGGUUCCCAAGACCAGGGCAAGCAAGAUGCCAUGUCACCCCUGAGCAUGCUUGUCUUGCCAGGGGUGUACCUCUUGGCUGGCAAACCCCAAGGCCAGUGGGAACUUGUAUAAAUCACAUGGGUAUGUUCUUGGUUCAGUGAUCUUGGAGUGAUGAUGGUAACUGAUGAACAGAGAACUUUCCAGAACUUGGGUCCUGUCUUCCUCCCUGAACCUAGACAGUUUCACCCCUCCUCCUGUACCCAGCCCAUCCCCAUCCCAUAUGGGAGAUGCUUGCCCAUGUGUUUCAUCAAUCAGAAGGCCUCCUCCCCAGCACAUUCGGAUUUAAAUUUCUGGUCUCUCCGGCUUUCUGUGCUUUAACUAUCUUUGCUAAAGUCUCUUGCUACAUUGCCUAAAUCCAUUUGUUUCUUUGGACCAGAAAUGUUAGUUUACCAGACCGAUAGUGGUCCUUAGGACAGAUUUUAGACCAGUAAACUUAUCUUUGGUGAGAAAUGAAAUACAAAUGCUAUAGAAAAAUUUCAAAGUUGUUAAAAGCCGCUUCCUUAAAUGCUGGGAUUGGAAGCUGUUGGUCUCCUGACCUGACUCUGGGAGCCAACAAAACAUCAGGCUCCCAAACUGCUGGGAAAUUCGUUUCUGUCUGCAAGGGAUAGUGCGUGCAUAAUCCCUGCUGCUGCUUCUCUUGGGACCUGAUUUGCACCAUCCUUAGUUUAUGCGGAAAGGGGAAGCAAUGGGUGGAGGCAGUGGCCUUCUCCUUAAUUUUGGCUUGGCUUCUGAUCCUUUUCCCAACUAGAAGAAGUCUUAAGCCACUUUCCCCUGAAAAUGAAAUCCCUCCCUUAUCCAUGGUAGUUUUAAAUUUGGUCUCAUUGAAGAAACAGAUUUAGGCAAAGAGCCUGUGCUCUUCUCUGGCCAGACUUCUGUUGAAGUUCCUGGAGAGCAAACGUUAAGACAGCACUUAAGCGCUUUCAGGAGGUACUGAAUGAGACUGGAUUCUGUUGUAAGCCGACAGUUCAAGUCUUUAUUUCCCAGGUUGGUGGGGAGUGAGGAGACCCUACUUUCAUUCCCUUUCCUAGCCUACUGAUUUUUGGGGGCAGGUCAGGGAGAAAGCAUUUUUUUUUUUUUUUUUUUUUUGAGUCUCACUCUGUUGCCCAGGCUGGAGUGCAGUGGUGCAGUCUUGGCUUACUGCAACCUCCACCUCCCGGGUUCAAGCUAUUCUCCUGCCUUAGCCUCCAGAGUAGCUGGGAUUAUAGGCGUCCACCACCACACCCGGCUAAUUUUUGUAUUUUUAGUAGAGACGGGGUUUCACCAUGUUCACCAGGCUGGUCUUGAACUCCUGACCUUAUGAUCUGCCCGCCUCAGCUUCCCGAAGUGCUGGGAUUACAGGCGUGAGCCACCACACCCAGCAGAAGAAAGCAUUUUCUAGGCUCUUUAGGAAGGCCCAUGCAAUGAGUAGGUGAUGUUUUUAAGCCCUCACAGUCUUUACACCCCUAGAGGAGCUGGAGGGCUUAAGAGUUUGCUGGAGAAGUGUGGCCAAGCACAAAACACAUGAUCAGGAAAGCAGAGUGUUUUCCCAUUACCAAUGGAUGAACUAUGCAAACCUUAAACGUCUUGGCAGACAACUCCCACCCCUUACCCCUCCCAUGCAGCUGAAAAAUCUGAGACUAGAACCAAUCAUGACUCUGGAUGGCAGAGGGAAACCUCUAAAGGGACUUAUUACAUUGGUACAGACAUAUUUAUGCUUUCCUCCAUCACCAACCACUAAACCCCUUUGGAGGAAUGAAAUAGCUGCAUAAAAUAGUUGUCAACUGAACACUGGGCCACUUACCUCAACAUUAUACAAAGUCCUGGAUGAUUUGAUUCUGAACCACAGCCUUUGCAGGAGUUGGGGGAAUCAGAUUUGCUCAUGAAGACAUCCCUUUCCACUUUUGUUAUGGGCAGUAAAUACUAUAGUUUACAAUGCCUACCAAUUAGCAAAGGAUCAUUCAUUCAGCUACUCAGUUCCUCUGUAAAACAGGUCUAUGUAUGUGCAAUUUAGCUAAGAUCUAGCAGUAACUUAAGGGCAGAAGCUGGCUCUCUACUUACAACCUGCUUUCUCUGCUGAAGCCUUACCUCCUCUUCAGUUUCCCUCCUAGACACAAACCGAAAAUAAUAUACUGAUAGCUGGUUAGUAACCUCAGUAAGAAUUAAAACUGAGGUUGUUUACUCAUUUUGCCUUUAAAUCUUUUAUCCCCUUUUGGUGAAGGUUUCCCUUUAGGAAAAAAGGUGUCAAACAACCCUGAUUUUUUUUUUGUUUGUUUUGCAUCAUUUUUAUUACACCAAAUAAAAGUUGGGAGUUCCAAGAUCCCACUCCAGUUAAUAUUUAACCAAGGUCUAAAAUUUGAUUUUUUUAAAUCUUUGAAUCCUCCCUUCUGCCCCUCGUGGAUCCUUGGUUUUAAUGAUAUGGAAACAUCUAAUUCUUACAAUUAUUCUGUAGCUUUUGCUGAUUGCUCUGAGAUUUCAGUUAAGACUUGUUUCAAAAGACAGAUAGCUGACUGGUUCAUAAUACAUUGGAAUAGUUGGAUCCAAACUAAUAAGAAUAAGCUGUACAGGAACUAGUGCUCAAUAUACAUUGUAUAAAUUUGUGGAAAUUUCUUGGAUGUGAAUUGUUACUUCAAGUGGCUUUUAUUAAGAUUUUCUCAGACUUACUUGGAGGUUAAAGCAAACCCAAAUGUGUAUUAUUUUGUUACAGAGCUCUGCUUUAUAAUUUUGUAAUAAAGUUUCAAUACAGACA